CCAGUUUGUGUCUUGGAUUGAAUAAUGAAGUUAAGAUUCAUUUUCCAUGAGCCACCUCUAAACAUUGCCCUUGUGAAGUCCCUUGGUGCCACUUUGCUAAUGGAAGGAGCUCAAGUGCUUCUAACAUGAGACUGCCGCUGCUCGUGUCCGCGGGCGUCCUGCUCAUGGCUCUCCUGCCCUGCCCGCCAUGCAGGGCCCUCCUCAUCCGGGGGCCUGUCCCAGGCGCCCGACAGGCCCCACAACUUCCCCAACCCCUAGAUUUCUUCCAGCCGCCGCGGCGGCAGGUCCUUCCAGUUCAGCCGGUCCGGUUCACCACGGGGGAAGAAUACUUCUUCCGCCAAGGUAACCUCAACGAGAGCCCCGCUGCUCCCCUCUGGUCAGCCUCCUCGCCCCUCGCCCGCCGCAGCAGCAGCCACCUUUCUCCUCACAAGGUAGCCGCCAACUUUUUCCGCGCAUUGAGGCAGCUGCGAUCGCUUCCCCAGCGCCCUCUCAAUAGCCCUGCAAGUCCUGCUGAGCGUGGUGCCGAGAGCGCCCUCAGUGGUCGCCAGGAGUCCCUGGAAAGGGAGAGGCGAUCCAGGGAAACUACCACCUCGCUGGAUCUCACCUUCCACAUCCUCAGAGAAGUCUUGAAAAUGGCCAACGCGGAGAAGUUAGCACAGCAAGCUGAAAGCAACAGGAAACUGAUGGAGAUUGUUGGGAAAUGAAACGGUGCGUUUGGCCAAAGCGAUUCUGCAUUUAGCGCAAAAAU